GCAUGUGUUUAUAGUUUGUUGGAUGUUGAACCCAAAGCAUUGUACAUGUAACGGUUGCGAAUAUGUCAUAGAUGUUUUCUAAAAAAGUUGUAGUAUCUCUCUCUCUCUCUCUCCUCAGAUUGAGAGAGACACACGAGACAAGAAUAGUACUAGCAUGGAUGGAUGGACCAGAAAUGCAUGCAUCUCCCAUUCCUGCUUCCCUGCCCUGCCUGCCUUCGUCAACAAACAGCAAUCUCUUCCAAAAUCCUGUGCAGAUCGAUCGAUCCUCUUGUGUCAUCUAUAUAUGCCAUCGACUGAGCUGAUCGGGUGAGGCGAGGAAUCAAUCGCCGGUGCGGUGGUGCCCGUGACAUGGACGAGGAGGAAGAGAUUGAGGGGUUGCCGGGCUUGUUCCACCGCCACCCUCUCCUCCUCUGCUUCCUCCUCUUCCUCGCCUUCGUCUACGCCCUCGUCUACCCCGUCUUCGCCUUCAUCCUCGCCUCCGCCCCCGUCCUCAUCCUCACCGCCCUCCUCCUCGGCCUCGUCCUCCUCAACGGCGUGCCACAGGACCAUGACCCACACGUCUACAAGAAGAUCAGCCACCGCCCGCCUCAAUACCAACCAACCGCCGCCGGUCCGCCCUCCGAAGAAUCGCCGCCCACCAGCGACUCCUCUUCGUCCUCCUCCGCCGACGAUGACAACUACAACCGGCCCGCCAUGUCCACCGCCACCUCACACGCCUCCUUCCCCGACACCGCUGCCAACACCGAAUCGGAAUCAACCGACUCUGACCACGAACAAGACAAGCGCCAGCGGUCCGAGAAAAAGGAGGUGGUGCGUGCCGUCGCAUGGACCGCCGACGACGACAAGAGCAUCGAGAACAUCGGCUCCCUCGAGCUCGAGAUGAACGCCACCGUCGAGAAGCUCAUGUCCAGGCGCCGCGCCCGCGGCCACCAGCGACCUCUCCACCACCACCACCACCACGUCAUGGACGUCGACGACCCAUCCAAGCUCAGCAUCGCCACCAGGAAGAGCAACCCCUUUGACCUCGACGGGCCCUACGACGAGGACGACAACUUCCCCGACUCCGCGCCUUCCAUGCUCGGCCUACGCCCCUCGCGUAACCCCUUCUUCGAUGAUAUGGACGACGAUCUCCAUCUCCAAGCGCCACCGCAGCCGUCGUCCAUCCCGGCGCAGAAGAACGCCAUGCUGUUUCGACGGCACGAGAGCUUCACCGUGGGCGCGCCGUACGUCAGCGACUUCCGGCCGUCCCGCUUCAGGCCCUACUUUGUGACCGAGAAGAUGCAGGGGCAGCCGGUGAGCGUUCCGGAGGCCAGCCGCAAGAGCAGCUCCUCAUCCACGUCUUCCUCCUCUGCCGGUGCGACCGCCUACGCCUAUGCAUAUGCCUCCGCCAACAAAGAAGAAGAGGCAGCAGCUGAACAAGAAGCUGUGGCAGAGGCAGCAGCAGCAAUGUUGGAGGAGGUCAAGACGGAGGAGUACAGCAGCAGGUCUCGUGAGGUGGUGGCGGUGGACGUGGAGCUCAUCAGCGACUCCUCCGACGAUGACAUGACACUGCCUCCUGGUGGCAAAGAACAACAACAGCAGCAGGUUGCUGAGCAAGAUCAGCAGCAAAUGAAGAUGGAGCAGGAGCAGCGAUUGAAGCAGCAGCAGGCUGCUGAGCAGGAGCAGCGAUUGAAGCAGCAGCAGCAGGCGGCUGAGCAAGAGCAGCAGGUGGCUGAGCAAGAGCAGCAAAUGAAGAUGCAGCAGCAGCAACAGCAACAGUUGGCGUUAUCGGAUGACGACGACGAGGGGGAUUCGUUUGAGGUGGAGAGCAUCACGAAACAAGUAGACGCAGCAGCAGCCGCAGGCAAAACCAAACAGUUGGAGGCAGAUCCUGCAUACGACUAUAGCCCGUCAGCGCCAACUGGAAAGACGGAGAAGCAGCAGCAGCAGCAGGAGGCAGCAGCAUUUGCACAAUUACCUCCGACGGCGCCAAAUAAGCUGCAGUCGAUGCGGAGAGUGUUCUCGGAAGAAGACGCGGAUGAGCCAUGGGCAGCGCCGAGCGCACUGGAGGAGACGGGGAAUGAGGACAUGUUUCCUCUCCCUCCUCUUCCUGAAUCUGCUCCUUCUGCUGGUGGUGCCCCUCCUCUUUCUGCUGCUGCCAAGAAAGCUAUCGGCAAGUCGACAAAGUACAAACCGCCCACCAAGAAGGCAGUAUUAGGCUUCUUCCGCAAGUGACACACAAC